AUGGCCAGGCCAGAACCAUUUUUAUCAGAUGGCAAUCAGGAAUUAUUUCCCUGUGAAGUCUGUGGAAGACGCUUUGCAGCAGAUGUUCUGGAAAGGCAUGGACCAAUAUGUAAAAAACUCUUCAACAAAAAGCGUAAACCUUUCAAUUCCUUGAAACAAAGAUUACAGGGUACUGACAUUUUCACUGUGAGGACAACUCCUCAAUCCAAGCCUCAACCUGUGAGGAAAGCUAACUGGAGACAGCAACAUGAAGACUUCAUUAACGCGAUUCGAUCAGCAAAGCAGUGCUCCCGAGCCAUUAAGGAAGGCCGGCCCCUCCCACCUCCUCCGCCUCCAUCCAUCAACCCAGAUUAUAUUCAGUGUCCAUAUUGUAUGAGGAGGUUUAAUGAAAAUGCCGCCGGUCGCCAUAUUAAUUUCUGCAAGGAUCAAUCUUCUCGCCGAGUCUUUGAUCCAGCCCAGACGGCAGCCAAAUUGGCCUCCAGAGCACAGGGUAGGGCUCAGAUGGGUUCCAGAAAAGAACCAACCGUUACCAGCGCCGUGGGCGCUCUGCUACAGAACAGGGCCCUGGACACCACAAGAUUGGCCCCAACCAGGCCAGGAUUAGCAGUGGACCCUGCUUCUGGAGCAAAACUCAAACAAGGAUUUACUAAAUCUUCUAAAAAAGAUUAACUCCUAGGGGCCAGAACGGCUUCCUAAAACUCGCCUGUAUAGCAGUGCCCAGAAAUGCCA